AUGCAAGCAGCAGCCACCGAAAACGAAGACGCCGGAAGGAAUGAUGAUGCUGGCUCCAACCAACGUCCACCCCAGGUACCCGACGAUCGUCGGCAGGAAGUCAUGGCAGAGGGUGCCAAUAAUGCAGAAGCUGUAGCAGUGAACGGUGGAGCCAACGACGGUGAAAACAAUAGAGAGAAUCAAAAUGAUGAUAGUGACAGCAGUGAAAGUGAGGAAGAAGAAGAGGAGGAGAAUGGUGCUAACCCCGCAGGCCCUGCUGCCUUUCAGUUGCCCCUUGGCCCUUACGAUCUUCAUCGAAUGCAACUCACAGCUCACGGACGAGCUGCGCCAGUGGGCUCUCAACAUUAA